AAAAUAAAGUCAUCUCUAUGAAACUGAUCCUCAGUCAAGUGUAACUUUUGAUGUAUGGUCUCUAAAGGCCCCCACUAUGCCAGCAGCUACCGUAGACCAUAGCCAAAGAAUCUGCGAAGUUUGGGCUUGUAACUUGGAUGAGGAGAUGAAGAAAAUUCGUCAGGUUAUACGGAAGUAUAACUAUGUAGCUAUGGAUACAGAAUUUCCAGGAGUAGUUGCAAGGCCUAUCGGUGAAUUCAGAAGCAAUGCUGACUAUCAGUACCAGUUACUACGCUGCAAUGUAGACUUGCUGAAAAUAAUACAACUAGGACUGACAUUUAUGAACGAGCAAGGAGAAUACCCUCCAGGAACUUCAACUUGGCAAUUCAAUUUUAAAUUUAAUUUAACAGAAGAUAUGUAUGCCCAGGACUCAAUUGAACUGUUGACAACAUCUGGUAUCCAGUUUAAAAAGCACGAAGAAGAAGGAAUUGAGACACAGUACUUUGCAGAACUGCUUAUGACAUCAGGAGUUGUACUGUGUGAAGGUGUCAAGUGGCUUUCCUUUCACAGUGGAUAUGACUUUGGCUAUCUAAUCAAAAUCCUGACAAACUCUAAUUUACCUGAAGAAGAGCUGGACUUCUUUGAGAUACUGCGAUUGUUUUUCCCUGUCAUCUAUGAUGUCAAGUAUCUCAUGAAGAGCUGCAAAAAUCUGAAGGGUGGAUUGCAAGAAGUGGCUGAACAGCUAGAGCUAGAACGGAUAGGACCACAGCAUCAGGCAGGAUCUGAUUCUUUACUCACAGGGAUGGCCUUUUUCAAAAUGAGAGAAAUGUUCUUUGAAGAUCACAUCGAUGAUGCCAAAUACUGUGGCCACUUAUAUGGCCUUGGUUCGGGGUCAUCUUAUGUACAGAAUGGCACAGGAAACGCAUAUGAAGAAGAAGCCAACAAGCAGUCAUGACAUGAAGUGAAAGGCCAUCUUUUUUGACCUCCACGUGCUUGUAUAUAGGUUUUAUCUCUGGUUGAACCCCUUGGACAAUAAGGCUUUCCCCCUCCCCCUUUCUCAGCACACUUUCUUUUCUGCCUUUUUAUGUACUAAACUUGACUGUUCCUAUCACAGAUUUUGAUCUUAAUAUUGAUAUGUAAAAUUUUCUGGGUUACAUUUUGGCCUCAUUUGUAAAGAAGCAUGUAUAGGGUCAGUGUGGCAGAGUGAAGGGGAAAGAUGAAUCAUAACGAAUAAUCUGGUGAAUUUACCUAUACAGAUCAUACAGGCUGUUUUGUCUCUUUCCCCACUCUUCUCUAAAUUAAGUGGCACUGAUUGUAACUAACUUCCCCAUUCAUGUCUGUUCCUUCCGGUGUGCAGGCGUUUUAGCUAUUCAAGAUUGUGGACCAUCAAAUUUGCACUUUAGAGAGCGACUCUGACUCAGAUCCUCUGUCUUAUUUGAAGAGUUGUUUGUUGUUUUUCUUUUACCCUCAGCUAGAAAACAAUCACCUGCCAAGAAAUG